AUGCGUCCGCAGAGUAUUCGCUUAGACACGGCACGAACCGAUUUGGCCCCACCCCUCUCUACGCACUUUGUGGCAUCAUCUUCUCUGUUUCCUGCACCUCUGCCUUUGACCACAGGAAGGGUCUUUCCGAGACGCAGCGUCAGUCGCUUCCCGUGGAAGCAGCAAGACGCACGACUCGCUGCGGAUGGCAAAUGCCAAUCCAGCAGCCAUUUCAUUCACCGCGAUGCUGAUGAAGACUUCAGCGCCGCGGCGCAGCGAGGGCGCACCACGCAUCAAUCGGCCGCCCCGGUCGCAUCCGCAUCACCGCUGCUGGUGUUCGGCGAAGCUGAUUGCUAG